CCGCGCCCGCCCCGCCGACCGAGGCCGGGUGGCCUGGCCAUGGAAGGCCUGCUGCGGACCGGCCUGUGGCUGUGGGUGCUGGCCCUGUGCGGCCCGGCCUGCGCUGCCCCGCGCCCCUGCCAGGCGCCGCAGCAGUGGGAGGGUCGCCGGGUACUGUUCCAGCGCGACAGCGGCCUCCGCAGCCGCGCGCUGCUGUCCUACGACGGGCCGCAGAGACGCGUGCGGGUGCUGGAGGAGAGGAAGGCGCUCAUCCCGUGCCGCCGAUUAUUCGAAUAUAUUUUGCUCUUUAAUGAUGGAGUGAUGUUUCGGAUUGAGCAAUCAACUAAGCAGUGCUCCAAGUUCACCCUGACAGAGCCCUGGGACCCACUGGACAUUCCCCAGAACUCCACCUUUGAGGACCAGUACUCCAUUGGAGGGCCGCAGGAGCAGAUCACUGUCCAGGAGUGGUCGGACAGGAAGUCGGCGAGAUCAUAUGAAACCUGGAUUGGCAUUUAUACACUCAAGGAUUGUUAUCCUGUCCAGGAAACCAUCACCAAAAAUUACAGUGUGAUAUUCUCCACGCGGUUUUUUGACAUAGAGCUGGGCAUUAAAGACCCUUCAGUGUUUACACCCCCGAGCACAUGCCAGGAAGCCCAACCGGAAUGGACAAGUGAGGACUGCCCCUGGUGAGCCCUGAAUGCAGAAGCAAUUGCCAGGGGCGCCUGGAGCCUGCAGACCCCACUCAAAAGGGACUUAAGUGGGAAGAGAGGCGAACCUCCAUUGGAAAUAAACCCCAUAAUUUCACAAACAUCAUUGUAAUUUUUCCUGUAUGUAUGUGCUGACUGAGAGGCUGUAUUUUCAAAUGGGUGUAGAAUGGAGAGUGUGUGGUGACAGGACUGAAGCCACGGCUCACCCCAUGGCUUACGAGUUUCUCAAGCCUGUUGGGGUGUUUCCCUGUACACGGACAGCAGUGGUGGGUUGCCUCAUCACAGGACUGUUUCGUUGUUCACAUUCCUGAAUAUAUCAUUGUGGACACUUGUCACCACAGUCAGGGUGGUUUAUAGUCACUGUAGACAGUGGGAGGUUUACUGCCCACACCAAGGUGAAGACUACUCAUUCUCUCCCUCUGGCACCCUUUCCCCCAACCUGGCCAUUCACUAAGUGAUCCGUUCAGGUCGAUUCUAGACUUAUGAGCCUUAUCACAUGACUCAAUUGGAAGAUAGGUAAAAACAUGAAUGUUUUGGGAGAAAAUGGAAAGCUAUAAUGAAAAGUAACACUUUUUUCCAGAAAGAUUUUGUAAACAAGAGUCUGGAAAAUUUUUGUGCAGACCUGGGUAAGAAUACACCAGAUAUGUUUCCUUUUUUGAUGUAAGAAUACUAAUCUGUAGUCUGAACCAUAACAUCCUUAUCAUUCAAUGUAAAGAGGUAGGGAGCAAUCAAAAACCAGAACUGGACUUAGAGUGAGGAGACCAGUUGAAAUGCAGGACUAGAGUUCCCUUGCACUUGAACUCUUUGAAUGGAGUAAUGUACUCUGCUUCCCCUCACAGCCUCCUUGCCCCAGCCUUCUGCCCUUCCUUCCUUGCCAUCUCCCUCCUGAGCUUUUGGGAGCUGCUCUCAGGCCUGGAUUGCAUGCAGCCGGAGCAUGCUGAUCUCUGUAUUUGCUAGGCUAUGUGCUAAGUUUCACUUAUUACACACUCACAAGACUGAGUGAGCUCCUUGAGUACAGGUACCUUCUUCUCUUUCAUUUUAUAUGUCCAGUACCAAGUAAGUGCCUGGCACAUGAUUUGUAUGCCCAGUACCAAGUAGUGCCCUAAACGUUUGCGAAUGGAGAAUAUCAGCCUCUCCUAGCCUUUGUAUCUACACCCGUUAAAUGGCAUUGGGUUUGUUGAUCUCUAAGGAGAAUUCCAGUAACAAAAAUUGAUGUUUCUAGAUUCUUCAAGUAUUGUAUUUCCUCUGACUAUAUCUAACAUCUAUUACAAGAAAAAUGUGUGACACCUGUAUUACACUGAAAACCAACUGUAUUACCAUUUACCUAUAUUAGUUCAAUAAACAGACUUAAGUGCAUCAUGAGACAUUCUUGAAACAUUAUCUUUAUGAUAAAUAUGGAUUAACUUGGCUUAAAGAACUUGAAACUGUUGUCUAGUGAAUAAAUAAAAUAAUGUUAUCAAAGUUGAA